AUGCUGCCUGCACUGGAACAGCAGCUGACGUCAACGGAGUACGAUCCGAACCCGCUCAUCCCCUUGCUCUCCCUCGCUCGACACCCGGAACCUGAAGUCGUUCACAAGGCCAUCUGGGCCCUCUACCGGGUGUUCAACAAGUUCAUCAACGAGGAUCGGCUACAAGGCCUUGGACUGCUGCCCUUUGAUAGGACGAAGACGAAUGAGGUCAAGGACCAGAGCAAGAUGGUCAGGCGAUGGAUGGAGGAGAGGCUGUACGACUAUGCCGACAUCCUGGCAGGGUGUCUUCGGGAUAGGGAGCCUUCGUUGAGAAAGUCCGGAUCGAGCUUGAUCUUUUCGCUCUUGCCGCCCUUGUCCGGGAACCUGUCGACCCAUAUCGGACGACCCCAGAUCGCUACGGCCUACCUUGCCUACGUGUUGAACGCGCUCGUGCUCUCGACCGUCUCAUUACGAGGCAGCCGACCGACGGGCAGGUCGAGUGCGGCCAAUGCUGCUCGACCUGUCAACAAUUCGACGGGGUUGUGGGAAAUCGUCGAGGAUAACCAGGCAACGAUGGAGGACAACGAGCUACCUGCCGAUGUCGUACACGAUGCCGGUAAAAAGCUCGCCGAUUACGAUGACUUACGAUGGGCGGUCUUCAAAGGCUUCUCCAACCUGAUCGAAUCCUAUUCUACCGGAACCGGCGGUGGAUCAUUCCCCAUCGGCAUGAGCGGCAACAUCCUCUCCCUCAUCCUCCCUCUCAACAACCUCCCUCAGAACGCCGAAGACAUCAACGAGUUCUACUUCCCCCACCUCUCGAAGAAACCGGCAAAGAAGAAGCCCAAACGCGCCGUGGAAAAGCCUGGCAAGAACGGCGAGAACCCGCAGAGUUGGAUGGACUUUUUCGAUUCGUCCGAAGACGAGUCGUCGUCCGAGGAGGAGGUCGAGGUCGAGGUGGACAAGAAGACGGGUGUCAAGCGAAAGCGGGUCAAGAAGCAAAAGGUCAAGAAGGAUGUGCACAACCUGGUGUGGAGCGUCGUCAGUCAGAAAAAGGUGUUUACGGAUUGUUGGUUGGGCGUCUUGGGCAUGCCCUUGUCGCAGCCAGAGACUCGGUCGAUUCUGCUCGUCCUGCAUUCGGUGUUGUUCCCCAACUUGAUCCGAGGGAGGGUGGUCAGGAUCACAGACUGGUUAGGCGGUCUCUGUGAUCAGGGCGGACCAUUGGCGCUCCUGUCACUGAACGGUCUGUUCAUUUUGAUGUCGAAGUACAACCUGGAAUACCCUCAUUUCUACAAGAGGUUGUACGGCUUCAUGGAUCGCGAGGUCUUGCACGUCAAGCAUCGAGCGAGGUUUUUCCGAUUGACCGAGACCUUUUUGCGAUCACCGCUCUUGCCUGCUGCACUUGUAGCGUCGUUUGUGAAGCGCCUGGCCCGAUUGUCCCUUUCGGCUCCUCCUUCUUCGGCCGUCAUGACAAUUCCCUUCAUCUACAACAUGCUCAAGCGACAUCCAUCAUGUAUGGGCAUGCUGCAUCGACCUACGGCGGUGAUAGCGCCAUCGGGCGAUGAGGACGACGACAGCAACGCCGAUCCCUUUGACGCCGAUGAGAAGGACCCGUUGAAGACGGGCGCUCUGGAUUCGAGUUUAUGGGAGCUCAAAGGCUUGCAAAAGCAUUACUUGAGCCACGUCUCGACUAUGGGCAAGAUCUUUGAAGAGGUCUUUACCAAGCCCGAAUUCAACCUGGACGACUUUCUCGAUCACUCCUAUGCUACCCUCUUCGAGACCGAAGUCAAGCGAAGACUAAAGAACCCGCCCGCCUUGGCCACAGACAAGACCUCGAGCCCCUUCGCGCUGGUCAAGGACGAGCGGCCCGAGAAUGGCGAUAUCAUCAACGAGUUGUUUACGUUCAGUAAAUGA